AGUAUGAAAAAAAUUAUGCGUUUUUCUGAAUAGGAUGAAACGAGGAGGAAGCAAUAGUGACCAUAAUUCAUCAGAAGAAGAUACUGCAGAGAAAUCCAAGAAACUGAGGACUAUAAAUGAGCAUUCUCAGACUUGUGAUUGGGGUAAUCUCCUUCAGGACAUUAUUCUCCAAGUAUUUAAGUAUUUGCCUCUCCUUGAUCGGGCUCAUGCUUCACAAGUUUGCCGCAACUGGAACCAGGUAUUUCACAUGCCUGACUUAUGGAGGUGUUUUGAAUUUGAACUGAAUCAGCCAGCUACAUCUUACUUGAAAGCUACACAUCCAGAGCUGAUCAAACAGAUCAUUAAAAGACAUUCAAACCAUCUGCAAUAUGUCAGCUUCAAGGUGGACAGCAGCAAAGAAUCAGCCGAAGCAGCUUGUGAUAUAUUAUCACAACUUGUGAAUUGCUCUUUAAAAACACUUGGACUUAUUUCAACUGCUCGGCCAAGUUUUAUGGAUUUACCAAAGUCUCACUUUAUUUCUGCACUGACGGUAGUGUUUGUGAACUCCAAAUCCUUAUCCUCGCUUAAGAUAGAUGAUACCCCAGUAGAUGAUCCCUCCCUCAAAGUACUGGUGGCCAACAACAGUGAUACGCUCAAGCUGCUAAAAAUGAGCAGCUGUCCUCACGUGUCCCCAGCAGGUAUCCUUUGUGUAGCUGAUCAAUGCCAUGGCUUACGUGAACUAGCCCUGAAUUACCACUUGUUAAGUGAUGAAUUGCUGCUGGCUUUAUCUUCUGAAAAACAUGUUCGAUUAGAACAUUUGCGCAUUGAUGUAGUCAGUGAGAAUCCUGGACAGACACACUUCCAUACUAUUCAGAAGAGCAGCUGGGAUGCUUUCAUCAGACAUUCACCCAAAGUGAACUUAGUGAUGUAUUUUUUUUUAUAUGAAGAGGAAUUUGAUCCAUUCUUUCGGUAUGAAAUACCUGCCACCCAUCUUUAUUUUGGGAGAUCAGUAAGCAAAGAUGUGCUUGGCCGUGUGGGAAUGACAUGCCCUAGACUAGUUGAACUAGUAGUGUGUGCUAAUGGAUUACGGCCUCUUGAUGAAGAGUUAAUUCGAAUUGCAGAACGUUGCAAAAAUUUGUCAGCUAUUGGACUAGGGGAAUGUGAAGUCUCAUGUAGUGCCUUUGUUGAGUUUGUGAAGAUGUGUGGUGGCCGCCUGUCUCAGUUAUCCAUUAUGGAAGAAGUAUUAAUUCCUGACCAAACGUAUAGCUUGGAGCAGAUUCAUUGGGAAGUGUCCAAGCAUCUUGGUAGGGUGUGGUUUCCAGAUAUGAUGCCCACGUGGUAAAGACUAAGUGAUGUAGGAAUGAUGAAUAAUAUAGCACCUUAACUUUAAGCAUAUUGUAUUAUAAUAAAAGUUUAUUUCCUGUAACUCUAAUAUAAUUCUAUUUUGUGGAACAGAAAUUUAAUAUCUGUAUUGAGUAUAUAAGGACUGUUUAUUGGAAGACCCAUGAAUCAUUUUUGGUCGGAAAACUUUGUUUCUUUAGUCAGAUUACAGAUUUUUUUUAAUUUGGUUCAAAUCUGAAACCUGUUAUAAAGAUUGAAUAUUUUACAGUCUGAAGACACAAAACCAAUAUAUUAUAAUAUCCAAUAAGUGAGUACUAAUGGAUUUUACAAAAUGUGUUGUCUAUGCAUUCUUUUUAAAUGUAAACUUGACAUUUUAGGGUCUUCAGUUAUACAUAUACCUGUUAUAAGGUGUUUCAUAUAGCUCAGGAAAGUAAGCAUUUUGUGAGAAAAAAUGUAGGUUAUUUUGUAUCUAAUGAAAAAGAUUGGUUGGAUGUUCUCAAAUGUUACAAAGCCAUUAAAUAAGGUACAAAUAUAAAUGUAACUCUUGGACAUCUGAUAUAUGUCACGCAGUAGUUAUAUUAGAAGGAUAAUAAACAG